AAACUCCAGUACCCCUGUAAUCUCCCAUUCUUCAUUCCCCAUCUCAUUUCAGAUCCAAGGCGGCUCUUCGAAAAGGUCUGAUUUCUUCGUCAUCAAAGCAUCGGACUUGUUUUCCAUUAAUUCAGAAUGGGCAAGGAAAAGACUCACAUCAACAUUGUUGUCAUCGGCCAUGUCGAUUCCGGCAAAUCGACCACCACCGGGCACUUGAUCUACAAGCUCGGUGGUAUCGACAAGAGAGUGAUCGAGAGGUUCGAGAAAGAAGCCGCCGAGAUGAACAAGAGGUCAUUUAAAUAUGCCUGGGUGCUUGACAAGCUCAAGGCCGAGCGUGAGCGUGGUAUCACCAUUGAUAUUGCCUUGUGGAAGUUUGAGACCACCAAAUACUACUGUACCGUUAUUGAUGCACCAGGACAUCGUGACUUUAUCAAGAACAUGAUCACUGGUACCUCACAGGCUGACUGUGCUGUUUUGAUUAUUGAUUCCACCACCGGUGGUUUCGAAGCUGGCAUUUCGAAGGAUGGACAGACUCGUGAGCACGCUUUGCUUGCUUUUACCCUUGGUGUCAAGCAAAUGAUUUGCUGCUGCAACAAGAUGGAUGCUACUACCCCAAAAUACUCUAAGGCUAGAUACGAUGAAAUCGUGAAGGAAGUCUCUUCGUACUUGAAGAAGGUCGGAUACAACCCAGAGAAGAUUCCAUUUGUUCCAAUUUCUGGUUUUGAGGGUGAUAACAUGAUUGAGAGGUCUACCAACUUGGACUGGUACAAGGGCCAUACUCUUCUCGAGGCUCUCGACAAUAUCAUUGAGCCCAAGAGGCCCUCAGACAAGCCUCUCCGUCUGCCACUCCAGGAUGUUUACAAGAUUGGUGGUAUUGGAACUGUCCCGGUUGGUCGAGUUGAAACUGGUGUCUUGAAGCCCGGUAUGGUUGUCACCUUUGGUCCUACUGGUCUGACCACUGAAGUUAAGUCUGUUGAAAUGCACCACGAAGCUCUUACGGAGGCUCUUCCCGGUGAUAACGUUGGGUUCAAUGUUAAGAACGUUGCUGUGAAGGAUAUCAAGCGUGGUUAUGUUGCAUCGAAUUCCAAGGAUGAUCCAGCUAAGGAGGCUGCCAACUUCACUUCUCAGGUCAUCAUCAUGAACCACCCUGGCCAAAUCGGAAACGGAUAUGCCCCUGUCCUCGACUGCCACACCUCCCAUAUCGCCGUCAAGUUCUCCGAGUUAUUGACCAAGAUCGACAGGCGAUCAGGUAAGGAGCUCGAGAAGGAACCCAAGUUCCUGAAGAACGGAGAUGCCGGUAUGAUAAAGAUGGUUCCCACAAAGCCAAUGGUUGUCGAGACCUUCUCCGCAUACCCACCUCUUGGACGAUUUGCCGUGAGGGACAUGCGGCAGACCGUUGCUGUCGGUGUUAUCAAGAGUGUCGAGAAGAAGGACCCGACUGGUGCCAAGGUCACCAAGUCUGCAGCCAAGAAGGGUGGAAAGUGAACCGUGCUGGCUAAACCUAUUACAGAUUCCGCAGGUUAUGAUUAUAUGAAUAAUAGUUUGAUAGACUUGAUCAUAUAUGGUAUAGUUGGUAUUUUGGUUGGUUUUGCAAGUUAUAGCGUGUUGCCAUUUUUGUCGGGUAUCUGUUCUCAGUAUUGGGUGCUUGAUAGACGGUGGCAUGCUAUAGCAGGCUUGUCCCUAGCGUUGUCUGGUUUUUAGUUUAUAGUUUUGCAUUGUAAGAGGUGCCUUGGUUUCCAAGGUAGCUUCCAACUUUUGUUUAUGAUAUUUGUUUGUGCUGCGGAAUCAUAUGAUAUAUUUUUGUUUUCUUAAACAUCCAUUGUUUUUUU